UGCGGGUUAGGGGCCCCCUCUGGAGCCAUCCUGAUGGCUUUGGGGGCUAUGCUUCCAUUUUCCAUUAUUAUGUGGACUACCGGAGCGACAGCGCAGUCCAAGACCUUGCAGGAUGUCUCGCCGCAAGCAAGCGAAACCGAGAUCCCUCAAAGAUCCCAACUGUAAACUAGAAGACAAGGCUGAAGAUGGAGAGGCACUAGAUUGUAAGAAAAGGCCGGAAGACAGCGAGGAGUUAGAAGAAGAAGCCGUGCACAGCUGUGACAGUUGUCUCCAGGUGUUUGAGUCACUGAGCGAUAUCACAGAACACAAGAUUAAUCAAUGUCAACUGACAGAUGGAGUGGACGUGGAAGACGACCCCAGUUGCUCCUGGCCGGCGUCCUCCCCCUCCAGCAAGGACCAGACGUCGCCCAGCCACGGGGAAGGCUGUGACUUCGGCGAGGAGGAAGGGGGCCCCGGCCUGCCGUACCCGUGCCAGUUCUGCGACAAGUCCUUCAGCCGCCUCAGCUACCUGAAGCACCACGAGCAGAGCCACAGCGACAAGCUGCCCUUCAAGUGCACCUACUGCAGCCGGCUGUUCAAGCACAAGCGGAGCCGGGACCGCCACAUCAAGCUGCACACGGGGGACAAGAAGUACCACUGCAGCGAGUGCGACGCGGCCUUCUCCCGGAGUGACCACCUGAAGAUCCACCUGAAGACCCACACGUCCAACAAGCCCUACAAGUGCGUCAUUUGCCGGCGGGGCUUCCUGUCGUCCAGCUCCCUUCACGGGCACAUGCAGGUGCACGAGCGGAACAAGGACGGCUCCCAGCCGGGCUCGCGGCUGGAUGACUGGAAGAUGAAGGACACGCAGAAGUGCAGCCAGUGCGAGGAGGGCUUCGACUUCCCCGAGGACCUCCAGAAGCACAUCGGCGAGUGCCACCCGGAGUGCUCGCCCAACGAGGACCGGGCGGCCCUGCAGUGCGUCUACUGCCCGGAGCUGUUCGGCGAGGAGACCUCGCUUCUCAGCCACGUGGACCAGGCGCACGGUGGCGAGAAGAAGAACGCCUGUAGUGUCUGCUCGGAGAGCUUCCGCACAGUGGAGGAGCUGUACGGCCACAUGGACGGCCACCCGCAGCCCGAGUCCUGCACGCACAGCAACAGCCCCUCCCUGGUCACGGUGGGCUACACCUCGGUGUCCAGCACCACCCCGGACUCCAACCUCUCGGUGGACAGCUCCACCAUGGCGGAGGCGGCCCCGCCACUCCCCAAGAGCCGCGGUAGGAAGCGGGCGGCCCAGGCAGCCCCGGACCUGGGCGGCCCGGCCGGCAAACAGGGCAAGGUGACCUACAGCUGCGUCUACUGCAGCAAGCAGCUCUUCUCCAGUCUGGCGGUGCUGCAGAUCCACCUGAAGACGCUGCACCUGGACAAACCCGAGCAGGCCCACAUCUGCCAGUAUUGCCUGGAGGUCCUGCCCUCCCUGUACAACCUCAACGAGCACCUGAAGCAGGUCCACGAGCCGCAGGACGCGGCCCUGAUGGUCUCGGCCCUGCCGGCCGCCGUCUACCAGUGCAACUUCUGCUCCGAGGUCUUCAACGACCUCAACGCCCUGCAGGAGCACAUCCGCUGCUCCCACGGGUUCGCCAACCCGGCCGCCAAGGACAGCAACGCCUUCUUCUGCCCGCACUGCUACAUGGGCUUCCUGACUGACUCCUCCCUGGAGGAGCACAUCCGGCAGGUCCACUGCGACCUGAGCGGCUCCCGCUUCGGCUCGCCGGGCCUGGGCACGCCCAAGGACCCCGUGGUCGAGGUCUACUCCUGCUCCUACUGCACCAACUCGCCCAUCUUCAACAGCGUCCUCAAGCUCAACAAGCACGUCAAGGAGAACCACAAGAACAUCCCCCUGGCGCUCAACUACCUCCACAAUGGGAAGAAGUCGCGGGCACUGAGCCCGCUGUCCCCCGUCACCGUGGAGCCAGCGUCGCUGAAGAUGCUGCAGGCAGUGGGCGGGGCGGCCCCCCGCCCGGCCGCGGAGUACGUCUGCAACCAGUGCGGGGCCAAGUACGCCGGGCUGGACGGCUUCCAGACCCACCUGAAGACGCACCUGGACACCGUGCUGCCCAAGCUCACCUGCCCGCAGUGCAACAAGGAGUUCCCCAACCAGGAAUCCCUGCUGAAGCACGUCACCAUCCACUUCAUGAUCACCUCCACUUACUACAUCUGCGAGAGCUGCGACAAGCAGUUCACCUCCGUGGACGACCUGCAGAAGCACCUGCUCGACAUGCACACCUUCGUCUUCUUCCGCUGCACCCUGUGCCAGGAGGUCUUCGACUCCAAGGUCUCCAUCCAGCUCCACCUGGCCGUGAAGCACAGCAACGAGAAGAAGGUCUACCGCUGCACGUCGUGCAACUGGGACUUCCGCACCGAGACCGACCUGCAGCUCCACGUCAGGCACAACCACCUGGAGAACCAGGGCAAGGUGCACAAGUGCAUCUUCUGCGGCGAGGCCUUCGGCACCGAGGUGGAGCUCCAGUGCCACAUCACCACGCACAGCAAGAAGUACAACUGCAAGUUCUGCAGCAAGGCCUUCCACGCCAUCAUCCUCCUGGAGAAGCACCUGCGCGAGAAGCACUGCAUCUUCGAGAGCAAGGCUCCCAACUGCGGGGCCAACGGCGCCCCGGAGCAGGCCCAGAAGGAGGAGGCCGAGCUGCAGACCCUGCUGACCAACAGCCAGGAGUCGCACAACAGCCACGACGGCAGCGAGGAGGACGUGGACGCCUCGGAGCCCAUGUACGGCUGCGACAUCUGCGGGGCCGCCUACACCAUGGAGACCCUCCUGCAGAACCACCAGCUCCGCGACCACAACAUCCGGCCCGGCGAGAGCGCCAUCGUCAAGAAGAAGGCCGAGCUCAUCAAGGGCAACUACAAGUGCAACGUCUGCUCGCGGACCUUCUUCUCCGAGAACGGCCUGCGCGAGCACAUGCAGACCCACCUGGGCCCCGUGAAGCAUUACAUGUGCCCCAUCUGCGGCGAGCGCUUCCCCUCCCUGCUCACGCUCACCGAGCACAAGGUCACCCACAGCAAGAGCCUGGAUACUGGCAACUGCCGCAUCUGCAAGAUGCCCCUGCAGAGCGAGGAGGAGUUCCUUGAGCACUGCCAGAUGCACCCGGACCUGAGGAACUCUCUGACCGGCUUCCGCUGCGUCGUCUGCAUGCAGACCGUCACCUCCACCCUGGAGCUGAAGAUCCAUGGCACCUUCCACAUGCAGAAGACUGGCAACGGCUCGGCCUUGCCCUCCGCCGGCCGGGCCCAGCACCUCCAGAAACUCUACAAAUGCGCCUCAUGCCUGAAGGAGUUCCGCUCCAAGCAGGACCUGGUCAAGCUGGACAUCAACGGCCUGCCCUACGGCCUCUGCGCCGGCUGCGUCAACCUCAGCAAGGGCGGCAGCCCGGGCCUCCCACUCCCCUCGGGCAGCGGCCGGCCAGGUGGGGGCCCGGCCGAGAACUCCGCCGCUGCCCUAGAGGGCAAGGGCAAGCCGGGGGCGCUGAAGACGCGCUGCUCCAGCUGCAACGUCAAGUUCGAGUCGGAGGGCGAACUCCAAAAUCACGUCCAGGCCGUCCACAGGGACCUCCUUCAGGAGGGCAACGGCGCGCAGCUGAAAACUCCACAGGUCUCGCCCAUGCCCAGAAUCAGUCCUUCCCAGUCGGAUGAGAAGAAGACCUACCAGUGCAUCAAGUGUCAGAUGGUUUUCUACAAUGAAUGGGAUAUUCAGGUUCAUGUUGCGAAUCACAUGAUUGAUGAAGGACUGAACCACGAAUGCAAACUCUGCAAUCAAACCUUCGACUCUCCCGCCAAACUUCAGUGCCACCUGAUAGAGCAUAGCUUUGAAGGCAUGGGCGGCACCUUUAAGUGUCCUGUCUGCUUUACAGUGUUUGUUCAGGCAAACAAGUUGCAGCAACAUAUUUUCUCUGCCCAUGGACAGGAAGACAAAAUCUAUGACUGCACGCAAUGCCCACAGAAGUUCUUCUUCCAAACGGAGCUGCAGAAUCAUACGAUGACCCAACACAGCAGUUAGUGUAAGGCCCAUCUCUUGAGGAGAACUCUUUGCGGCACAAAAAGGGAACAUGUUUUACUCUUUGCACGAAACUUUCAUUGUUAAUGUAUAUUAUUCCGAAACAUUGUAUUGUACCAUAAAACUUGUAUUAUCAAAACUGUUGGAUGUUCAUGUGUUUGAACUUUUGAGCACCGGAUAGACUUCCUGUAUAUAAAGUGUUGCACAUGUAUUAUGUUGUCUGAUACUAAAAUGGUCUUAUAAAGACAGGUGGACUUGGGCCCUAUUCAAGCAAGAUUUUUAAAUGUGAGGAAAAGGCUUAAGUAAAAGCAUCAUUUUUCAAGGAAGAGGGAUUUAAAAACAGCGACGUCACUCGGAACAACUCCAUUUGGCCUUCCUUUUACUUGCCACUUAAGUCUAGAAUCUCUCUUUUGGUAUAGAACUGUUGAACCCAAGACUAUUUUUUAUUGCCGAAGAUUCUUGCAAACCACGAAGAGACUCUCACAGAGCAGAAACCCACAACUGAAUAAGGCCCGUAUAUAUAUUUGUAAGCCUUGCGAUAUGAGCGAUAGCAUUACCAUAUAUGCAAUAGUUGUUAUGUAGAUUGUCCAAGGAACUUUUUUUUUUUUCUGGAAACCAUUUGAUGCUUUGAGUGUUCAAGAUUUUCCUUAAUGAUUUCACACAGCCAAAUUCUUGAAUCAGUUGAACUAACCUGUAUGUUACUGUUAUUAAUGUUUACUCUGCGGUCUGAACCUGGAGAUUACUGGAAUUGUUUUCCAAGAGGAAAUAAAUUCAGUUUACCAUUA